CACGUUCUCCCCCUCGGGCGAAAAAGCGAAAAGGAAAAAGGGAACCGAAUUGCUUUUAUGGCUGGCCCUGCCUGAGACCAGGAGGGCUCCUUCCUAGUUCUAUGGGUCAGAAUGGGACGAUUCCGAAGGCAUUAUUCCGCGGAGCCUGACGACCAUCCAAAGACGAUCGUCGUCGUGGUCCCGGGGCUCGAUGCAGAUUCCCUGGCCGAACAAACAUGCCCACACUUCAUGGAAUGGAUCCAGCACUGCUUCGCAGCACUCAAGCCUUCACUGGAAGUUUGGAUCUACUGGCAUGGUAUCAAAGUUCAAUCUGUCCAGUCGUGGGAAUUGGUCUGCGAGGCUGGGAAAGAACUGUACCAUGAGCUCGUUGCACUCUGCAAGGAUCGAGUCAAGUCGCCCGACUGUAACCUCAUCACAAUAGGUUAUCGCCUGGGUGCUUUUGUUCUCAAGAAGGCUAUAAUCGAGGCGCAUCCCAGAAGACAUCAUGAUGGGGAAUCCAACCUAUUUGACUGUCUCGAAACCCUAGUUAUGAUCGGGGACCCGAUUUUGAAAGAUGCCAACCGCGAGCAAUGGCCAAUCCUCGUCCAAAAGUUCCUCCUACUUUCCUCCAAUCAAGCCCCACUGCAGAUAUGCAGUCAACAAGCGUUGUGCUGCCUCAAAGCCAUCUCCGAUCGGUUCGAAGAGAUAACUCUCCACUCGCGUCUGUUCCACAUCUCGUCUGCCACAGUCAAGGCCAAGUCGUUCUUCCGCCUGCGGACUCGCACGGGGGCACGCUACGAAGGCUGCGUGUGCGAUGCAAGUGUCACCGUGCGAAAGUGGACAACGGCUGAUGUGGACGAGAAUCUGUCGGAAGAUGAGGGGGAGCAGAAGCGGUGUGUAUUUCAUCAUCAGAGUCGGUAUCGUCUGAAGCUCGACAUGAUUGCGGCGAAUGAGUGGGAGCCUCGACCUAAGAUCAGGGAUAACGAUGCUGGGGAACGUGAUGGAAAGAAGGAAGAUAUGUCUUCAUCGACGGAGGACUCGCAUGUGUGCCCCGUGACUCCAAUGCAGGAGCGCUUGGCCACUGAGAAUGCCACUACCGGUGCCACUUUCGAAGGACUGCAUGUGUACCCUUCAUCCGACAGCCCUAAAGGGAUAGCACACGCGGUGCCUCACCCAUCGAGCUGUGAAUGCGACACACAUCAGCCCAUAGAAUCCCCACCUACCAAGACAUUGCAGUCGGCGAUCCUCAUCGGAAAAUCAGCGCAUUCAUCCACAGUUCGACCAGGCGAAGAAGUAGAUAUUCGUCGCGCAGCACCGGCGACCUCAUAUGCCCAGGUCAGCUACAGUCAUUCUGCUGGCGAAAAGACAGGCACAAUGGCUCCCAAUCACACAGAUGCCAGUCCGGAGCCCCCGAAUGCCGCCCAUAAUGCUAGAGAUGAAGAUCAUAGCAACAGCAACGGCAAUAACGGGGUUCCAGGUGAGACGCCCGUUGUAAGUACCGGUCGGCCUCUGCCAUCGCAGAUUCGAUUGCCCAACCGAGCUCCCAAUUUCUGCGGACGGCAGGAUACCCUGGAAUCUCUGCGAGCAUACUUCCAGGAUCAAGCAGGAACGACACCACAGAUGACGAUGAUUCCAAGACAGAGAGCAGCCAUUCUGACGGGUACGCCGGGCAUUGGCAAGACGGCUGUUGCCCGUGAGUACGUUCACCAUCAUGGCCGGCAUUUCAGUUCAAUUAUGUGGGUACAGGCUAGCCAUCGACAGAGUAUCGCACAGUCCUUCCAUGAGAUUGCUUACGCUCUGGAACUGUUAGAGAGCCACAAGAAACAUAGUCACUUGCAAAGCCAUGCGAGACUCACGUCAUGGUUGCAAGAAAACAAGUCGGAAUGGCUGUUGAUCUUCGAUGAUGCUGAUGAUCUGGAAGUCCUACAGGCGUAUAUACCACGCUGUGAUCAUGGAAAUAUUCUCGUCACUAGUCGAUCACCGGACCUCGAUAUCCUUCGAAGGAGCUCUCCAGUGGAAUUCUUUGUGAACCCACUCAGCGAGGAGGAAGGGAGCGAAUUGGUCCAUACCAUCACAGGCCUCCCUCGGGAACAAGUCCAGGAUCUCGGUCUCGUGCGUUUGCUCGGGGGCAACCCGCUUGCAGUGAGCAUGGUUGGCAAAGCACUACAGAACGAGGCUCAAUUUCACUCCAGCCGACGUAAUGACCUCGAGGGUGGCGUUACAGAUAGUCUGAGUAAUUAUCCUGGGCUGAUGCGCCUACGCAAGCAAUAUCGGCUCCACUCCACGUCAACCACGCUGCUGACGGCCUGUCUGAAUAUUGAUCAACUCUCCCCCGAAGCAAAAGGCUUGUGCAGUGUGAUCUCCUACCUAGAUCCCUAUGACACCCCCGAGUCGACCCUGCUUCAGGCGCAACGAUGCAGCCCAAUUAUCCGAGGCUUUCCGAUCACAGAUGAGAGCUUCCACCGGGCCCGAAUCGAGUCCCUGAAAAGUGGACUUUGCUCGUCCGCGAGCUCCCGUUCAUCGAUACAAAUGCACCGAGUGGUACAAUCUACCUUGCGACAAUAUCUGACCAGUACUCAGGAGCAGGUGCAUGCAUUCACCACGGCGGUGCAACUGCUGCUUGCGCAGUGGCCCUCCAAGCGGAAGUUCAAAAAUGUUGUGUUUGGCUACUGGCCCGAGUUCUCGCGCAUCCACACCCAAUGCCACCGCCUGUCGGAGGUUGCCUCUGCAACCCUAACAAGCCCGGAGCACUAUACGCCCUUUAUCAAGCUCAUCCUCUUAUGUGCUUGGUAUAACUCUCAUGUCUUGAAAAAUGCCGAAGAGGAUCUGGACUUGGUCGCGUUGGCCCACAAUUUAUUGGCGACCCAGCACACUGAGAAGGGACUUCCUUCCGCGACGACAAGGGAAGAUGAUAUCCAGCGACCACAACGACUCGUGCUUAUCGACGAUAACACCGCUGGCUGGAAAGUGAUUGAUACCCCGGGCAAGCCCGCCUCCUACGUUGCGCUGAGCUACAGCUGGACCGACCAGAACGGCGAUCACCAAUCCAUCCCAGUGACGCUCACCAGAUCCACAUUUCAAGUCUGCAGCAAUGGGGGACGCGUGGCUGACCUCCCACUUCUCUACCGCGAUGCAUGCGAGAUUGCCACGUCGCUCGGUAUUCGCUACCUUUGGAUCGAUGGCCUUUGCGUCAUUCAAGAUGACCCCGUCGACCGCGAGGUCGAGCUGUCAAAGAUCGCCGGGAUCUACCGCAAUGCCUCGGCCACGAUCACGCGACAAUACAUUCCAGCAGAGCCGCCCAUAAAGCUCCCGGGUGUUUCUGGCUGCGAUCAGAUGCUGAUCGAGCCUUACUCCGUUUUAUGUAAUCGCUGUGCUUCGUCUUCCGGAAAAGGAACGAAGUUUCCUGGCGUUGCCAUGGUUCAUCCAAAGGUGCGGGACUUCUUGAAAGGGUAUACCUCGGGGCUGAUGGGGCUGGAAACUGAGACCGGCCCAUUCAAGGUUGAGAUCAUCUGGCUGCCAGGUGUGGUGGCGGAAGAGCAGCAAUCACCGGGCAAAGAAAAGACCGAGGACGACAAUGAUAUGGAUGAUGGUGGUUUAGAUGACUCACAGGCUUCAGGAUCAUUGAGCCCCGGCUGUGAGUUGGCGGGGUCCAAGGCGCUGCAGAGAGGAACGGAAUUAGCAGAGGAGCAGCAAAACGCGGCCGUUGGAGGAUCAAAGCCACUAGCAAUUAGCUUGAUCAAUCCUAGCACACUUCCCACAGAGAUAAUGCUUGAAGCAGAGCCCGUCGAGCCGAAAUAUCAUCAAGUUGACCCUAGGCUGCAGGAGGGGGAUGACAUCCGGGCACCAAUAUCGGACUCCGUCCAGGUGCAGCAGCUCAUCACCACCGCAACCGAAGUGGCUGAGAAUGGACUUCGUGUGUACGCGGCACAGACGAUGGAAAGUUCCUUCCGCGCGCUCGCCGCGAUCGUUCGAGCGCGUGAUCAAGUCAGUGCUUUUUGUGAGAGAUCAUCCAAGGCCCUUACCAGCUACAUUGUGUUCAGCACAUAUCUCGCCCGGAUUCUGAUCCAGCAGGGCUGUGCCCAGGAGGCUGUCGAUCUGCUUUGCGACUUAGCGGCAAAGUCCGACGACAUAGAAACGAGGAUAGAGUCUAAAGUUGAUGUUUGCAGCAUGAGUAGAUUUCAUUUUGCCAGAGGCGACGCGGAAUUUGCCUUGUCGCGGCAUCGAGAGGCGAAGUAUUCCUAUGGCUUAGCACUAGCAGCACUUGAGGGUGAGAAAAUAGUUAGACUAGGGAACCAGACGGUCGAUGAAGAAGCCAAUCUCGUUGCCCUGGCACACUUGAAGCUGGCCGACGUGUACAUGAAAGAAGAGAAUUUUGGAUUAGCACAUGACGCCCUCCGCGAGACAAUCACCCACUUCGAAGCCUGCGAAUCCAAGGACGGACAGAUUCAGUACGCCCGUGGGCUGCAUCGACAGUCGCUAGUCUAUGGUUUCCAGGGGAAUGAACGCCUCCGCAAGGUCAAGUUGGCGGCGGCCAAACAGGCAUUGCAGAAUGUGUUGGAGCAUGACAAUGAUGACCUCGCCUUGUCCUCCGUUCAAGGUGAUGUUAAGGCGGACGUGUUUGAACGAUCUCUUCAUCUGGGGAUGAGAUGAAGCUGGCAUUUUGCCUGUAUAUUGUUGUAGACUUUUGAUUGAUCUCUCGUCUCCCCAUAUUCCUUUCCGGUUAUAAGGUUCCUUAUCUUUCAUCUAAGCACAUACGACCACAGGGUGUGGAAAAUAGGGCUUCCCGUCCGCUCAGCCGUACUCAAGCCACACGCCGGGAGGUUAGUAGUUGGGUGGG